CUUUUGACAGCUCUAUUGACUCUUGAGUUGGCUGGCUGCAGUUUAAUUAGACUACACUCGAAUAUUUAUAUAAACUCAGAAUGAAAUAUAAAGGAUUAUUAUGUUUCAUGAUAUUACUUACUUAUUACCAGGGCGAGGCGCAGACCCGGGCAAAAGGAUUGGAAGAGAAGGUGCAGCAGCUGACUGAUAUGACGGCAAAGCGGUCUAUUAUUUCUUUGAACGUUAACAAAUUUAAAGACUACGUGAGAUCUCCUCCGAGGGAUUACUCUUUCAUAGUGAUGUUCACUGCCAUGGCCCCUUCACGACGCUGUGCGAUUUGCCAGCAUGUCUACGACGAGUUCAUGAUCGUCGCCAACUCCUUCAGGUUCUCGCCGUCAUACAAUAACAAACUGUUCUUCGGAAUGGUUGAUUUUGAUGAAGGAUCUGAUAUUUUCCAAAUGUUACGACUUAACACAGCCCCUGUCAUCAUGCACUUCCCUGCCAAGGGGAAACCCAAGCCUGCAGACUCAAUGGAUUUCGAGAGGGCUGGCAUACAUGCGGAGGCCAUUGCCAAGUGGAUCCAAGACAGGACUGAUGUUCAGAUCCGCGUGUUCCGCCCACCAAACUACUCUGGAGCGGUCGCAUUCCUCAUGUUGUUUGUCCUAGUCGCCGGGUUCCUGUACCUCAGGCGGAACAACCUUGAGUUCCUAUACAACAAGCAGAUGUGGGCGGUCGCCGCUGUGUUCUUCUGCUUCGCCAUGGUGUCUGGACAGAUGUGGAACCAGAUCCGAGGCCCGCCGUUCUUCCAUAGGAGCAAGAAUGGACCGGUGUACAUUAAUGGAGGAUCGCAUGGGCAGUUUGUGUUGGAGAGCUAUAUUGUAGCUAUUUUGAAUGCUGCAGUAGUAGUGGGCAUGAUCCUCAUGAUAGAGGCGGCGGGGGGCGCGAAGAACGCGGAGCCAGCGCGCACGGCCGCGGAGGGGAAGCGGCGGCGGUUCCAGUCUGUCGUUGGGCUUGUGCUGGUGUGCGUGUUCUUCUCUCUGCUGCUGUCUGUGUUUAGAGCGAAGACGCAAGGGUACCCCUACAGUUUCCUGUUCAAGUAAGAAGGCAAGUAGGAAGGCUAAGUAACGCAAGUCGAUUGCAAUAAUAUGUGAGUGAAAAGUUUUUUUAUUUAACAAUUUUCUUUAUCUAAGUAUGUAAAUUGGGACUUUGUCGUGAUGAAAUACAGUGUAUAGAAAUAUAAUA